ACGAUAUUGAAAUACAGGGACAUACAGGAGGCAAGCAUGAAGAUCCUGAUCUGCUUCCUUUUGCUGGAACGUCUGAAGAUUUUCGAAAACUGCUAUCCACUGGAACAUAUGAGUCGUUUGAAAAUAGAGUUUUCCUUUGUGGAAGUUGCGCAUGUGGAAAGUCCACCCUUGCAAGUGUUCUGAUUGGUAGCCAAAUACCACUUACAUGGAAAUCAACAGAUGGAUUAGUUAUACACUUUGGUCGAAAUGGUAUCAACUUGGAAAGUUUUGAGAUGGUCCCUUUAAAAGAAGAAGAUAGAGGUCAUAAUGUGUUGACCAAGUUAGUAAUUGGAAAACCAAAUCGUGAGAUCACUACACGUCAAACUGUUGAUAACCAACAGGACCUGUGCUAUGCGCCAUCCUCUAAUGAUUUGACAGAAUUAAAUCUUCAAGUUACUAAGUUUGAUGAUAAUUUCAGUUUCAGUUCAAAAGUUUCUGUAUUAACCGAGGCUGACAUUGGAGAAAAUGAAGUCUUGCCGCGUGAAAAGACCAGUAUAUCUGAAAUCAAAAAUAAUACAUCGAUUAGUCUGCCUCACGUGAAAAAAGUUGAAGCCUAUGCUGUGCAUGAUGACAUUUUAAAAGAAGUUGAGAGUGGUCAAUACAAAGUUAAGAUUGCACCUUCAGAUUUAGUUGACUUUGGCGGUCAACGAUCGUAUGAUAUGACCCAUCAGUUAUUUGUUCAGCACGGUGGUACAUUUGUAGUGAUGUUUGAUGGCAGUAAGGAUUUUCAGGAACCUCUGACAGAAUAUCCUAUAUGAGAUAUUUCUAAUGAAUCUAUUGUGAAACAUUGGGUCAACUCAAUACUCACCUACUGUGUUGAUGAUAGUGAUGUCAUGCCAACGAUCUUGUUUGCUGCAGCGCAUAGGGACAUUCUCUCGGAUGAUAUGCAAAAGAAAAUGACUAGGGAAUUUGUACAGAGAGUCACUGAAAUGUUUGGUUCCCAUGAAAUGAAUAAACACAUUGUUUUCGAUCCAGUUUUCUUUAUAAAUGGUACAGACAAAGACGAUCAAGAAAUUCAGAAUUUGAAAAACCAACUUGUCACUAUUGCCCGGAACAAGCCAUCUUGGGGACUACGGCGUCCAAUAAUUUGGGUCCCAAUUGAGCUUUUGAUCGAUAAUAUGAUCAAAGAUAAUAUUCAUAUUAUACCAAAAGCAUAUUUAGCUGAAGCAAACACAAUGAAUAAAGAUUUAUCACUCUCUGACAAACAACUGGACGAUUUUCUCUUAACACAACACGCAUUGGGCAAGAUCAUGUACUUCAAUCAACCAGAACUUAACAAUUUCAUCAUUCUGUAUCCUCCUGCAUUGAUCAAUAUUCUGAGGUCCUUUAUCACAGAUGAAACAUUUUGGCCCAAAGAUGAGACCCUUAGAAAUAUUCUGAGAAGAAUGACAGAAACUGGUAAAAUACAUAAAACCGAUCUCAUUAAACUAUGGCAACAGAAACAAUUCGUUCAUCAUAUACCAGAUGAUGACUACAAAGAGUUUAUUAUUCAGGUUCUUGUGCAUCUCGAUGUUUUGGUCCUGCCAAAACGAUACUCUGGCCAGGAUGACACACACGUAGAUUAUUUUUUAGUUCCAUGCACAGUUAAACACAAGAUGCCGAUGUCCUUUCUGGAUGACAAAUCAUUUGCAAACAGAACAAUUGCGUUGGUCUAUCAAAUACGAAAGUCAUCCAUACCGUCGGCAUUGUCUUUCAAACUGAAAGGUGCUGUUAGUGGUAUUUGGCCUAUCAAAGAGGUGAACGAACGUCCAUUAUUAUACCAUUCCUCAGCUGUACUAUGUGUUGACAGCCAAACCGAGUUUCGAAUAAUGGUAGAAGACAAGAGAAUUGUCGUCUAUCUUACAAACAUGUCAUCUAGGUCUUGCAUCGCCCCAGAUAUCGCAGCCAGUAUUCAAGAGUGCUUGACCGUUACUUUACAAGCUGUUUUGAAGUUUUAUCUAAUCAGCAUAGGAAAGAACCACCAACAAGUACAUGUGUCGAAUCUCUUCCACAUUGAAGUCGGAGAAGUUUGUGGCAGAUCUCCAUGUGUGGUACCAAUUUCAAAGGCGAAACAAAUUUCUGAUUGGGUGUGUGUUAGUGGAAAUACACAUUUCUCCAGAGAUCCUUUACUGUGGGUUUUUAACAAGACACAGCAAGAAUGCCCAUCCAAUUGUCCAGGUCUUGACGAAACUGUCCUGGCAAUGUCACCAAGUGAGCAACAUCUAUCAAGACUUGCCUAUCAACUGAAUAUUCAAAGUUGUAGGGAGUUGAUAAUUCACCUCGGGAUACAACUGAAUGACUGGGAAGAUUUUGAGUACAGUUACACACGCAUGCCUGUUAUUAUCAAAAUCAUGGCAUUGAAUUUCUGGAAAACGAAAAACAUAGUGGGAAGACCAAAAAAAUCAUUCAACAACUUGCUAGAUGCACUGAAGGCAGUUGGCGACAAAAGGCAUUUACUUUGCAAGGUGUUUAGGGAAGACACACAUUUGCUAGAUAUUGCAGAUUUUCGACUACAAGAAGUUCCACAUGAUGAUGUUUUGCAAGGUCUCCCAAAGAACCUUAGUAACUGCCCUAUACAACUCGGAAUUGAGUUAGGAAUAAGUGUUAGUUCGAUAGAGGAGACAAUGACUCGGCAUCCAAGGGAUAUGUACCUUCAGAUGGAAGACAUCCUGAGAAAAUGGAAAUUGUCAGGAGAAGUAAAACCUACAAUAUACAGGUUGAUGCUUGCUCUGGAACGCGUACAUACUGGAGGGUUGGAUUAUUUAAAAGACAUCUAUCUUGGGCAGUAAUCCAUGUUAAUGUUCGACAAAUUUUGAAUGGUAUUCGUGACAUGUCUUUCUUAACUUAAAAAGAUACCGUAUACUAGUGUCGAUUGGAACAGAAGUCAAGGAUAUCAAAUAGUUCUCUGGCAAAAAUGUAGAAGAAACUAUGUCUAUCUGAUUUAAAAGCAAGAAAUAUAGAAACACGAUAUAACAUUUGACCUUUGACUUAUUUACUUUACUUCUAAACAUUUUACAACUUGUAAUAGAAUUCAAUAUCAAGCUAAGUUAUUACAGAUAAAAAAAAUUGCAAAAUUAACAAUAACAUGCUUAUAGAUAUAUAAUGCUUUUAAAUGUAUUUGUUGAAUUGCAGUGCACGGGAAAACAAAACAUUUAUGGUGUGUACUACCACAGAUUGGCAAAAGGCUUGUGAUUUGUUUACAAAUGCUUGAUUUGAAGCAACAUUACUACUUUACUUGUACCCUGGUGUACAAAGUUUUGAUUGCACGUCUUGGACUUUAAUUGUGUCCUGCAAAAUAUAUGAUUCAUAUAUAAAUGUAAUUGUAGUAAUAGGAAUACAUAAUGUAAUAUACUCUGAAUUUUGUACCUCUAGUUGUUUGCAUAUAAUAUAAAUGAAUCACAGUUGUAGUAGCUGUUUAUUCAAAGUUUUCAGUUUUGUUUUUCGAUAAAGUUUCAUGUGUAUAAUAUAGGAAAUUUAUUUUUCUAUUAAUCAUACUUUUGAUAAAAUAAAAUAUAGUUCAUAAGAACAUUAAACGGAACACUUUUACUGCAUCAGAUAUGCAAUUGAACAACAAAUGUAUAUGGUGUGAUUCCCGACGCAAACUUAUCGGGAAAUCCAAAUGUUGAUAUAAACGUUGAAUCGCUUAAUAUGUAACCAUACAGAGUUUAUAUCUUAGAGUUUAUAUUCCAGGGCUUGCAUUUCCUAUCAGGAUUUUCUUGGUAGAGGGUUUCAGGUUGUUUUAGUCGUAUAUUAAAAUAAACACCUCAGGAUCAA